UAAGCUCGAGAUUACAGGAUGUCUUUAACACUCUAAUGCUCGCUUAGUCAGUUAGUUGGACAGGAUGGAGUUCAGGACACUUCCUGUGAUACUGUUGCUGACCGAACUCUUCCACUGUGCACAAACUCAAGAGAGACCAAAAGCUGCUGUGACCAUAAAUCCUGAUAAUCACGUGUUUAUAGGAGAGAUUGUUACUCUCACAUGUAACAUAGAGAAUGGAGGAGGUGACCAGACCUGGUGGUACAGCUGGAAUAAAGAAGGUUCAGACCAAACUGUCAGUAAUGAUCAGCAGUACAGAAUCAGUGAUGUUACAGAGAACCAUGCAGGUAAAUACACCUGUACAGGAACAGAGACAGGAGGCUCACGUUCCUCACACCCCAGUGAUGCUGUUCUACUGACUGUAUCAGCAAGACCUAAACCAACUGUGAGAUUAAAACCUCAGAGCUUCAUCUAUACUGGAGACACCGUUACUCUGACCUGUGAUCUGAAUCAGUCUACAGGAUGGACUUUCUUCUGGAACAGAAAUAAUCAGUCAGUAAAUCCUCAGAUCUCUGCAGCUAAAAUCACCACCAACAAACUCAGUGAGAAACUUUCUAAUACAGGAACAACAAAGUACUACUGUGUAGCACUAAGACAAAACUACUACCACCACAAAUUCUACUACUCCUCAGAGUUUAGUGAUCCAGUUACAAUUGCUGUGGAAGAGAGACCAAAACCCACUGUGAUCAUAAAUCCUGAUAAUCACGUGUUUGUAGGAGAGACUGUUACUCUCACAUGUAACAUAGAGAAUGGAGGAGGUGUCCAGUACUGGAGCUACAGCUGGAAUAAAGAAGGUUCAGACCAAACUGUCAGUAAUGAUCAGCAGUACAGAAUCAGUGAUGUUACAGAGAAUCAUGCAGGUAAAUACACCUGUACAGGAACAGAGACAGGAGGCUCACGUUCCUCACACCCCAGUGAUGCUGUUCUACUGACUGUAUCAGCAAAACCAAAACCAACUGUGAGAUUAGAACCUCAGAACUUCAUCUACACUGGAGACACCGUUACUCUGACCUGUGAUCUGAAUCAGUCUACAGGAUGGACUUUCAUCUGGUACAGAAAUGGUCACCAUGUAAAUCCUCAGAUCUCUGCAGAUAAAAUCACCACCAACAAACUCAGUGAGAAACUUUCUAAUACAGGAACAACAAAGUACAAAUGUAGAGCACAAAGAUUAAACUACAACUACAAAUACUACAACUCAAAGUACAGUGAUCCAGUUACUGUUACAGUGGAAGAGAGACCAAAAGCUACUGUGAUCAUAAAUCCUGAUAAUCACGUGUUUGUAGGAGAGAUUGUUACUCUCACAUGUAACAUAGAGAAUGGAGGAGGUGUCCAGAACUGGAGGUACAGCUGGAAUAAAGGAGGUUCAGACCAAACUGUCAGUAAUGAUCAGCAGUACAGAAUCAGUGAUGUUACAGAGAAUCAUGCAGGUAAAUACACCUGUACAGGAACAGAGACAGGAGGAUCACGUUCCUCACACCCCAGUGGUGCUGUUCUACUGAGUGUAUCAGCAAAACCCAAACCAACUGUGAGAUUAGAACCUCAGAAGUUCAUCUACACUGGAGACACCGUUACUCUGACCUGUGAUCUGAAUCAGUCUACAGGAUGGACUUUCAUCUGGUACAGAAAUGAUCAGGAAGUAAAUCCUCAGAUCUCUGCAGAUAAAACCACCACCAACAAACUCAGUGAGAAACUUUAUUAUACAGGAACAACAAAGUACAACUGUAGAGCACAAAGAAAAAACUACAACUACAGCUACAAAUACAACAACUACAAAUACUACGACUCAGAGUUCAGUGAUCCAGUUACUGUUACAGUUGAAGAGAGACCAAAACCCACUGUGAUCAUAAAUCCUGAUAAUCACGUGUUUAUAGGAGAGAUUGUUACUCUCACAUGUAACAUAGAGAAUGGAGGAGGUGUCCAGAACUGGAGGUACAGCUGGAAUAAAGAAGGUUCAGACCAAACUGUGAGUAAUGAUCAGCAGUACAGAAUCAGUGAUGUUACAGAGAAUCAUGCAGGUAAAUACACCUGCACAGGAACAGAGACAGGAGGAUCACGUUCCUCACACCCCAGUGAUGCUGUUCUACUGACUGUAUCAGAUUUUAGUCUCUUUUCCCAGUUUCCCCCAGGAAUCAUAUUUCAUAGUUUCAUUAGUUUUAAAUUAACCCUCCACCCACUGCUGAUCAAAACACAAAUACUCGAAUUGCAUUUGCCUCAAUGCAUUUGCCAACAACUCAAUGACCCCCAAAACUUUUGGGAUAGUAUUCUGUGGAUUGACAAUUCAAGGUUGAAUCAUGUUUGUGUUGAAGGUGAAUCUUCUUCAGUUUCUCUGAUCAUCAGUCCCAGCAGAACUCAACACUUUACUGAUGAAUCUCUCUCACUGAGCUGUGUGGAUCAGAGUAAAUCUACUGAAUGGAGAGUGAGAAGAUACACUGACGAUAGAGGAGUGUUAGACUGUUCAUCAGUAUCAGGAUCAGUUAGAGAAUCUACAUGCAACAUCAGCUCCCUCAGAACAUCCCACACUGGAGUGUACUGGUGUGAAUCUGAAUCUGGAGGCAGUAAUCCUGUCAACAUCACAGUACAUGGUGGUGACGUGAUUCUGGAGAUUCCUGUUCAUCCUGUUACUGAAGGAGAAUCUCUGACUCUACACUGUUUACAUCGCAAAACUAAACCCUCAAACCCCCGAGCUGAUUUCUAUAAAGAUGGAUCAGUGGUGCAGAACCAGACCUCAGGAGAGAUGAUGAUCCAUCACGUCUCAAAGUCAGAUGAAGGUUUUUAUCACUGUAAAUACCCAGAGAGAGGAGAAUCGCCAAAAAGCUGGGUGAUCAUCAGAGUGUCUGAAGCUUCGUUAUCAGUGCUGAAGAUGAUCAGUAGUGCUGUGGCAGCUUUUCCGUAUCUGUUGUCCACCAUCAUCCUGGUGAAAUGUUACAGAGCUGGAGCUGUAGCUGGUGAGCUUAAACUGGACGCAGUGGUUGAGGCUGAAACUUCCAUCUGAGUGUUAAAUGUUCUGUUUUUACAUUAGAAUUAUAAUCCAGCUUUUAAAAUCAUCAUUAAAUAGCAGCUUAUCAUUAAAUAAAGUUUGUAGUGUG